AUAUGAGAUUAGGUGCUGUAUUAUAUGUGUACAAAGGUGAAUGGGGGCUGCCAUCCAUUGAUUUCGAGUGUUUGCGCGUUCUGUGCUUGAUCAAAUUUACCCGCUGUCCAGUCGUUAUUGAAACAAAUGCCAACCCCUUGCGUUCCGGUGCCGGCAAAUUGCCGUAUCUACAAAUAGGCGAUGAAAAAUUUGUAGGUUACAGACAGAUAAAGAAACUAUUAGACAAAGAGGGUUAUGCCAUAAAUCACGAACUUCGCAAAAAGGAUCUCCACCUCUCAGAAUGUUUUGCAAAUUGGGUAUUUACAAAACUGCAUGUCUACUAUCACUAUUAUUUAUAUGGCGAACCGAAUAAUUUCGAUAUAACCCGUGCAUUAUAUGCCAAACGAACUCCAUUCCCAUUCAAUUUCUAUUAUCCGUCCACGUAUCAAAAGGAUGCCCAUGAUAUUGUAUCGAUAAUGGGCGGUUUUGAUAUCGAUGAUAAAUUGGAAAAUCACAAUGUAGAAUAUAUUACCAGUGAGGCCAAGAAAUGCAUUAACGUACUCUCGAAACGUUUGGGACGCAAUUUAUGGUUCUUUGGUGACAAAUAUAGUGAAUUUGAUGCCAUAGUAUUUUCCUAUUUAGCGAUACUUUUUAAAAUCACUCUACCCACAAAUCCCAUACAAAAUCACCUAAAAGGCUGUCCAAAUUUAGUGAAUUUUAUUAAUCGAAUAUCUCGUGAUAUAUUUAAGAAGGAGGCAUUCAAUUCGAUUAAUACCAGCAAAGAUAAUGCUUCGCCCAAUGAUCCCAUGUUGACGGCAACCGAACGCAAGUUCCUAGAAUCGGAAAAGAAAACGAAAAUAUUGGCUGGUAUUGGAGCGGUGGUAGCUAUGGGUUCGUUUGCAGCUAUGAAAAUAUUUUAUAAAAAGUUCUACAGUUCGAAUGAUCAUUAUGAUGUUGGCAUACAUUAUGAUGACGAUGAUGAUAUGGAUGAAGAUGAUAUGGAUUAG